AUGUCUUGUCAAUCGGAGCCUAGCUUCGAUGCUAUGGUGAGGACAAAUGAAACGCCAAUCUAUAGGGCAUUUCAACCCAGAAGACCCGUCAGAGUUGCUAAUUGUUCAGGUUACUUAUGUGAUCCCGCUUAUAGGAUGUACGAACAGAUUUCACAUGGGAAUGUUGACUUCGUCACCGGUGACUACCUUGCAGAGAUGAAUAUGGCCGAGAAUGCAGAGGCACAUAGAGCUGGAAAUCAUCCAGGAUAUAUCUCAACUGCUCUAGAGGGAUUGUCUCGAUCCCUUGAAUUGCUAGCCGAGAAAAAGACAAAGGUUGUUAUCAACGGAGGAGCUUUGAAUCCCGAAGGCUUAGCAAGAAAAGUUGAUGAACUUGCCAAACAACGCGGAAUUGCUCUUAAAAUUGGCUGGGUCUCUGGGGAUGACCUGAUCUCACAUACCGGAUCGGAUAUAGCCUCCUUACGUGGGGAUUUACCGAAACACAUUGAUUCAUGGAAUCUGGAUCUACAAUUGCCGGCCAAUAUCUUCUCUUUUUUGGAAGAUAGAUCGAUUCCUAUUGUUUUAAGUAAUGCUUAUCUUAGAGCUCAUGCUAUUGUUAAGGGUUUGCGUGAAGGUGCCGAUAUCAUAAUCUGCGGGCGGGUUUCUGACGCGUCUUCUGUCAUUGCCGCUGCAUGGUAUUGGCACUCGUGGUCAGCAACUGAAUACGACUCUCUUGCUGGGUCCUUGAUCCCCAGUCAUCUAAUACAAUGUUCAGCCUAUGUAACUGGAGCCAAACUUUCCGGCUUCACUAAAUACGACCAGGAAAUUUUCAUUAAUCCAGGAUUCCCUAUUGCAGAAAUCGAAGCAGAUGGUUCUUGCACGAUCACUAAACAUGAAAGUACUAGUGGGAUGAUUACUUCUGAUACUGUCGUGGCCCAAUUUCUCUAUGAGAUUCAAGGUAAUCAUUACCUGAAUAGUGAUGUGACUGCCGUCCUUGAUGACAUAUCUGUCUCUCAAAUAUCGGAGAACCGGCGAGUGUCACAAAUUUACCUCCAAUUUGAAGAUUCGUUACUAAUUGUCAAAGUUACCGGUGUUAUUGGUCUUCCGCCACCUCCAACAACCAAAGCAGCAAGAUUUUAUCAUGCCGGAUAUCAAUGCCAAAUUCUAGUAAACGCAACAGGUUAUGGUACCAAACAGAAAUGA